AUGUGUCUUUGUACACUUGUCCAAAGUGUGGGAUUAUCUGAUUCCAAAUAUGUCCUCUUAGAGGAGAAAGUUGCAAUGUUCUUAAAUGUGAUUGCACACGACUAUAAGAAUCGUAACAUCAAGUUCAAUUUCAUGCAAUCUGGGCAAGCAAAUUGUCUUGGAGCUCUAGAUGGAACUUAUGUUAGGGUUCGUGUUCCUGCAAUAGAUAAGCCAAGAUAUAGAACACGAAAGGGUGAAAUUGCUACUAAUGAAGGGUCAACUUCAGAUUCUAGGGUACUUAGAGAUGCUGUGAAUAGACCAAAUGAUGCUGGUUACACUAAUGGGGAGGGUUUCUUAGCGCUGUAUAGAGAGCAACGCUAUCACCUCUCUACAUGGAGAGAAAGGGGUAUCCUAGUGAAUAUUGAGGAGUUCUUCAACAUGAAGCACUCUGCUGCUCGUAAUGUUAUUGAGAGGUGUUUUGGGUUACUCAAGAUUAGGUGGGCAAUACUGAGAACUAUUUCGUACUACCCAAUCAAGACCCAGGGUCGUAUUAUUACUACAUGUUGCCUUCUCCACAACCACAUCAAACGUGAAAUGCCAGUGGAUCCAUUUGGGUUCAAGUUAAAUAACACUCCUAUACCUCAACCUGAUUUAGGAGAAGAGUUUAUCAAUACAGUAGAGCCAUCAAAUCAAUGGAGUGAUUGGAGGGAUACAUUGGCAAACAUAAUGUUUAAUAAAUGGCAAGCAAAUAGAGGAGUUGGUGGAAAUCCUCGUAGUUAA